AUGUCGCACCCAACAAGACCAAAACGAUCCAUGCUGCAUCCUAUCCAAUCUCAUCAUCAUUUAUUGACCAUCAUCACACGAUCGAUCCUUAUUGUCACUCUCCUCACAUUCUUCUUGUCUCGUGAUCAUGUUUAUUCAGAAUCAUCAUCAUCAUUGGCCACUCCUACUACCACCAUCACCACCACUCCAACUACUACUACUACCAAUUCCGAACCAAUUUCAAUGGCCAUUUGUCGAAUGCGUGGCACCCUUCAUUUACCAUCACUUCAUGGAACUUUUUAUUUUACUGUACCAUGGACCUCCUCUCGACAACAACAACAACAAUUCAAUAGUGGUAGUAGUAGCGGUGAUACUUCACAAUUUCUUCUCUACAUUAAUGGAAGUAUUAUUGGUUUUAACACUUUGGAAUUUUCUAAACGUUCUCUACCACUUCACAUUCAUGAAUUUGGAAAUAUUUUGGAAAAUGAUGGGAUGAGUGUGGGUGGACAUUUAGAAAUGAAUUCAAAAGAUGUUGGUGCUACUCUUUCACCUCUCUCAAUUCAAGAUACAUUGAAAGUGAAUUAUAUUCUAAGUUUUCAACAAUAUUCUCAUGCAAGUUCAGUACUCUCCUUGGAGGAUAUUAUUGGAAGAUCCAUGAUUGUACAUCACUUUGAAAAUAAUGGUACCAUGAGAAUUGGACAAUGUGUCAUUGCAGUCCUACCAACAACAACAAGUAGUAGUAGCAUUUCCACCACCACCAGUACUACCACCAGUAGGAGUAGUAGCACAACAACAAGUGACAGUAGUAGUAGCAUUUCCACCACCACCCUCAGCAGUGGCAAUGCCAUUGAUCACCUUUCACCUCAAUGGUCGUCGAAGUCCUCCUCAAUGGAGAGUUCAACAACGUCCUUCAACAAACUUGUGGCUCAUGUGAAAGGUACAAAUCCAUUCUCACAACCAGUGAAUGGAACAGUGAUUAUUGAAUCUGUGAAUAUUCCUCAAAAAGAUCAGCAAGAUUCAUUGUCCUCCUCCUCUUCAUUCAACAUGUACUUGAAAAUGUGUCAUUUGAAUUCGGCACUAUUGCACGACACAUCUUUAUCGAAUAUGGUCAUUUCUAUUCAUGAGGGUGGAGAUAUUUCUAAAUUAGGAGUACCCAUCAUGGAGAUGGACUAUCAUCCACCCCAAUCUAUCAUCAAUUCUCAACAAUUUACAUUUUCCUCUCCUCAAUUCAAUUCUCUAAAACAAAUUGCAGGAAGAGCCUUCUCCAUUUCACUUAAACAAUCAAAACAAUUACUUGCAUGGGGAACACUUGGAAUUGCACCUUCGAAUUUAAAUCCAAAAUUAACCCUCGAACAUAGAACAUGUGAAUCCAAUGAAAUCAAACAAGAUUUAACAUUUACUGUUAAUCCAACAGUCAAGUCUCGAUUCUAUUCAAAGAUUCGAAUUGAAAAUCAAGAUGCUAAUACUGGAGUCAUUCAUGAAUUUUCUGGAUUUUUAUUAUUUGAUUAUUUGAAAAGAAAAGUCUAUGCCAAAGCACAAUCACAAAUGAACUCCAAUCGAACCUAUGAAUUAGUAGUCAUUCCAAAUUAUUUUACAAAAUUUUUAAGUGUCUAUUUAUUGGUUGAUUCAAAAUGUUUAUUCUUAACAAGUCAACUUCAUCUCUCUCAAAUUCCACUUGAAUUGAAAUUACAACAAGUAUCUAAUCAUCCCAUCUAUCAAAUCACAUUCAAAGGAUUUGCUAUUGUGAAUGGAGUUCACUGUGAAGAGUGGUUCAUUAAAACAAGAGAAUUAUUUGGACGUGAAUUUGAUACUGAAAUUUCACUCUUCACAAGUAGAAAUAAUUAUCAUUUAGUGAAAGCAAUCAUUUCAAAGACACCCAUUGGAUCUGUUUCGAUUGAAUUGAGUCAAGUAUCUGAAUUGGAAUAUCCAUUCGAUGAUCAAUUGGAAGAAUGGACACAACAAGCAAGUGUGAAAUGUCGAUAUGGAAAUACGAUCAUGUUGCGUUCUUCUUCAAAUAAAUUUUAG